AUGGCGCCGAAGAGCAAGAGCGGCGGCGGCGAUGCCAAGAAGAAGAAUGGCAAGGCCACCACCGUGCCUGAGGAUGAAGCGCGGCCCGCUUCGGCUGGUUACUUUUUCCGAGGGCAAUGCACCGCUCAGGGCCAGCGCGAAGGUCCAGGCAAGGAAAAGUUGACCUCGGGGGCCGUUUACGUGGGUAGCUUUCUCAACGGAUUGCGCCACGGUCAAGGAACCCUCGUCAUUCGAGAAGGCGUCGUUUACAAGGGUGCCUUUGCCAGCGGCGUCUUCCACGGCCCCGGCACCCUUACUUCACCCACCAUUACACUUACUGGGGAAUGGCAAGCUGGCCAGAUGCAAGGGCCCGGCCAGGCCACUUAUGCCGACGGUGGCGCCUAUGUGGGCGAUUUCUUGGCCAACAAACGCCAUGGUCAGGGCCAGCAAACAGAGGCGGAUGGUAGUGUCUACACCGGUGCCUGGCUUGAUGACUGCCGUGCUGGCCAUGGACACCAACGCUGGGCAUGGGGCCUCACUUAUGAAGCCCAGCAUGUGGAAUGGUCGCACAAAGUGCGCAACGGCUCAUUGUCCAAGCCUUUUUUGUUCGUUGAGGCCCAUUCCCAUGGCCAGCAACGCAUUUGUCGUGCUGAUGACCAUGAUAGCCCUUUCCCCUGGCCUCGAGUCCUCGACAUUCCUCGCCCUUUGGCCGCACGUCAGGUCACUCACAUGGCUCUCGGACUGGCUCAUGUGGCCGUCAUUCUCGACCCGGGAACGCUUUUAACGGCGGGCCUCAACCACAUGGGUCAAUUGGGACUUGACGAUACCCUCGACCGCCACACUUUGGUCCUCGUCCCCAGUCUUGAGGGUCUUGGCGUCAUUGCUGUCGCCUGUGGUGCUUGGCACACAGUUACCCUCUCUAAUGACCAUGACGUCUAUGCAGCUGGUCGCAAUCAUCGGGCUCAACUCGGGCGCGCGCCGAAUGACAGCACCCGAUCCACUACCAUGGCCUUGUGCUCGCAGCUCGAUCACUUGCCCCCAGCCACCGUCGUUGCCAUUGCCGCCGGUAGUUCGCACACCAUUGCCCUGACGGCUGAGCAUACAGCCAUCUGCUGGGGUGAUGAUUCUUUUGGCCAAUGCUCUGGUGUCGUUCAUGAGCCUUUGUCUGACUUGUCAGAGACGACCCCUUCCACAAAGCUUCAUGUACAUGAAAAUGUCGAUGCCAUUGCCGCUGGUCCCGAUGCCUGGUGCACUUACCUGCGCUCGUUCUCUGACAGUGAAUGAUGUGUGCCACACUGGACUGACCACCCCUGUUUUGUUGUGUCUGGCUGUGCCGACAAUGUCGUUCAUGGAUUGACAUCUUUUAAUUGACUCUUGAUACAUCAA